AUGCUGGCAUUACGGGUUCUAAUAAUAUCUGUACUACUGCCCGGGGUUUUACUGGCAAGUUUUUGUGAUAAAGCAGUGUAUGUAGCUGGGAAAAAGAAACCGCAGGUUGUCAAAGCGUGCUGCAAUGGCUAUAGGUAUGUUACGACUGAUACAAAAAAGAUUUCUUGCGAACCCAUCUGCAAGGAGCCGUGCAGCAACGGAUCGUGCGUGAGCCCCAAUACGUGCAGUUGCAAUCAGGGCUAUGAAAAUCUGCUGCACAUGCCAUCGAAGGGCUGUGUGCCGCGCUGCUCAACCAAAUGCUUGAACGGACAGUGCAUAGCCCCAGAGACUUGCAGCUGCGAUGCCGGCUACCAGCUGGACGAGUCGAGUGGCCGCUGUGCUCCAAUCUGCUCCACUGGCUGUCCAAAUGGUUUCUGCGAGACUCCGGGCAAAUGCAGCUGCAGUCGCGGCUACAGCCUGGCGAGUGAUCAGACCUGUGUUCCAGACAGCUCCAGCUCUACCCAAACAACGCAGCCGCCAGUGACCACCGAAUCCGACAGCUUCAGCUCAACCGGAACCACGCAGCCUCAAGAAACCACAAUGACUGACUACGGCUUCAUAAAGAACUGGAAGAUCACCUGCCUAAUGGCAAUCGUCCUGCUGCUAGCGCUGAUAGUACUUGGUUUUUUUAUGAAGCUAAGACAUCGUAGGACAACUUCCGAAGAUUUCAAGACGGAAAAAGAAAUGAUUGCUGCGGACAAUAAAAUGUUUGUUAUAGACUUUACAUCAACCAAGAAUUAAAACUAAGCCUACAAGGCUUACAUUCUUUCACCAUUAAGAACAUUUAUACUUAUUACAUUUAUUGUUUUCAAUUAUAUUGCAUUUUACGAGUUUGUCAUAAUAAAUG